CUCAAACGCUGAUCGCAGCAGUCGCAAGCAAAAUGCGGCGCCUGCUAAUUACACUCUGUGCGUAUGCGUGGCUUUUAAACAUGGCUGCUGCUGGCACCGUACUACCGCCCUUGAGUGCCACGCCCAUGGUGUUUGCGCGUAACUUCUUUCGCGCACUCAACGAAGCGGAUGAGGCCCAGGUUACCAAUCUAAUCAACUCGCCAGCUGCAGCACGCAGCGGCUUGACGCUGAUCUUUAUGGCAGCUGGCGGCAAGAGUGCGGAUGAGCUGCGUCAGGGUUUGCUGCUGGGCGCGGGCAAGAAGCUGGACAUAGCCAAGCAGCACGCAGACUUCUGGAGCAAGGAGUGCACCUGCAGCGACAAGGGCGUGGCGCUGCGUUUGGCCAACGGACUCUAUGUGCAGCAUGAUCAGCAGCUGCAGCCGCAGUUCAAUGUGCAGUCCCAGGAGUUUUUCAAUGCCACAGCGCAGGCUUUGAACUUUACCGAUGCUGAGGCUGCAAUGCGACAGGUGAACAAUUGGCUGGAGCUGCAAACAUUUCACACAGUGCGUGAUCUGCUUAGUCCGGCAGUUUUUCAUGCCGAGUCGAGCGUUAUACUGGUCAACUCGCUGUACUUUCGCGCCAAGUGGGCCAACGGCUUCAGUCUGGAGCGCACUGCGCUGGGCGACUUUUGGAUUAAUGAAGCGCAACGCAUGCAGCUGAACAUGAUGCGUCAGGUGGGGCAGUUUCGUUAUGGCGAAUCAAAGAAGCUGCAGGCGCAGAUUUUACAGCUGCCCUUUGAGGAGUCGGACAUGUAUAUGCUGUUCAUAGUGCCGCAGUCUAUUACGGGCCUGGCUGCGCUGGAGGAAAAGCUGGCGGGCUUUGAUAUGAAUGAAGUGGCAGCCAGGUCAAUUAUGCAGGAAGUGGACAUCACGGUGCCCAAGUUUAAGCUCGAAAGCGACAUUGACUUGAAAGUGCCGCUGCAAAAGUUGGGCAUCAAGCGCAUCUUUGAGCGUGGCAACGCGGACUUGAGUGCUCUAUUUGCUCCAGGCUCAUCACAAUUGCUUACUGAAGCCCGCCAAAAGGUUUUUCUGUCUGUGAACGAAGCGGGCUGCGACGCAGAUGCCAGCACACCAUUAAAGGCAGCUGCUGCCAGCGUCAAUCCGGAGCGCAAAUACUUUAAGGCCGAUCGUCCAUUUGUGUUUGCCAUACGUAGCAAUAAGAACGUGUUUUUCGUGGGACACUUUGUCAAGCCAUAAUUAAGCAAAAAGGUCGCUGUAAUUUACAGAGAAAGCAACAGACACACACAACAGCAAAACAAAAACAACAACAAGAGAAACAAAAACAAAAAAUAAAUCCAUGCAACGCACAUAAAAAUAAAAAGCAAUUGCAAGCCGAGCUAUCAAUGACAGCAGCCAGGGAAAUUGCAAACAAAUGGCAAUAGCCAUAGCCAUAGCCCAUGAACAUCAAAUUAUUGCUGUACAAAUGUAUACAAUGCACACAGCUGUAUACACACACACCCACACACUCACACCCACACACUCACACAGAAGCAUGGCGAGAAAGGCAGAAAGCUAGAGAGCGAGAGACAGUUGCAAUUACAAUAAAAACAACACGGCAGCUGAAAACAUAAACACAAAAA